UUCCAAACAGAAGUGGCUAAGAUCAACGAAAAAUGGCAUUACCUUUCACAGUCCGGUCAAAUUUGCGGGCACGACAAAGAAAGACAGAUCCCCAUUUUUAACAACACAUAGAAAGUUGAGAAUUCCACUAAAUUUUGCUUGACAUCAUGAUUUAGACCUCUUCUGGGCUUCCUUAACCUUUUUUAAACGUAAAUCCACAGAAAAAGUGGAUGAGAAAGACACUAUUUUUGUACUCUUAGUGUUGACAGAGAUUAAUAUAUUACACAAAUCAGGUACCUUUCUGCUUCCUCCGCCUCCCUCUUGAUAAUGCCUGAGCUGGCAUUUUUAGAUUUGAGAUCGGGCUUCAGGACCCGAGAUAUGAGCCCGGAUUCUGUAAUUUUCACUGGUGAAUCAAACUUCAGCAUCUUCUCCUCUGCUUCUGCUAGUGUGGAUCGCUGCUCUUUUGCCUCUGAUUUACACGAUCAAGAUUCUCUAGCUUCUGAAGUUUCUCAACAUUUGGCAGGGCGUGAUUUUUCUGAGUCAUCUAGUGGUCCAGAUCCAGAUCCAAACAAAUUAACACUAGCGCUAAAAAAUAAUGAUAACCUCAGCAGAAAGCCAAAAGCUAAAGUUCACAAAUUAGAGAGCAGAGAAGCUGAGACGAUAGAGGAUGAAAAUCUAACCAUAGAUUCUGCAAGAAAUUCAUUCUCUCUAGCACUUAAAGAGUGUAAAGACCGGAGGUCAAGAUCUGAAGCAUUAUUGAAGAAAGCAGACAGGCGAAGACCUGCUUCUUUAGAUCUGAACAAUUCUACGAUCAAUGUUGCAAAUUCCUCUUCACCGCGAUAUGGAGUCAUGAAGAAACCAUCUGUCACGACUAGCAGGACCGGUACAUUUCCGAGUCCUGGAACGCCUAAUUAUCGACACGUGAGUGUUGGGAUGCAGAAGGGUUGGAGUUCUGAACGCGUUCCAUUGCAUACGAAUGCUAAUAAGAGGCAUGUGAAUACUGUAUUCUUGCCUUAUAAUAGUGGUAGAACAUUACCCUCCAAAUGGGAAGAUGCAGAAAGGUGGAUUUUUAGUCCAAUGACUGGAGAUGGUGCUGGGAAACCAUCAGUUCAGCAGCCACAGAGGCGUCCCAAAUCAAAAAGUGGGCCGCUUGGGCCUCCUGGGGUUGCUUACUAUCAAUUAUUUUCUCCCAUUGCACCCACGAUUGAAGGAGGGCAUGCUCAGAAAUUAGUUGCAGAUUCUCCAUUCUCAGCUGGAAUGAUUGCUGCAGAUGGUUUAUCAAUUCAAUAUGGAGGAAGUGGAAACUUCCCCAUAGGUACAGAGCCUUCCAUGGCGAGGUCAAUUAGCAUACAUGGAUGCUCUGAAAUGUUGAGCCAAUCAAUGUUUCCUAGCCACCAAGGUACAAUUUCACUUCCCUGUUAUUGCUCUCCAAAUGUUUAUGUUAAUAUUGAUAUGACUCGGUAUCAUUUCUUUUAUAUAUGUAUCCUAACCUCUUGUUUGGUGUCAUCAUGCCCAACGCUGCCUUUCAAGGACAAAACUACCGAAAUUGCAUGCGUUUUUUUUUUCGGGGGUGGGCUGCAGAAAGCAAAAGCUGAGGCUGCUAUAAGGAAGCUAGAGAUGAAAUUGGAAAAGAAGAGAUCAUCGUCCAUGGACAAAAUUAUGAACAAACUGAGAUCCGCACAAAAGAAGGCCCAAGAAAUGAGAAGCUCAGCAUUGGCCAACCAGGCCAACCCAGUUGCAAAAACUUCCAGUAAAGCCAUAUCCUUCCGAAGAACUCGUCCCGUAGGCUCAUUGAGUGGUUGCUUUACCUGUCAUGUAUUUUAGCGCAGCAUGCAGCGAUCUUUGCUUCGGCUAAAACGAGCUUCAAAUGUCAGGAAAUUUCACUGGAGCAGUGAUACAUGCUGUUUGUUAAGCGAGUAUGGCAGUGUAAUGUCUCUGAAAAAGCUGUUUGUUCAAUACACUAGUGCAAGUUUAAACUUUACCCAGAUUGGUUUCUGUAUCCAUCCAGGCAGAAAUGAGGUAAGGAUCAGAUGAAAGUGUGAGAGGUGUGCAAUACCAUAUAUUGAGACUCUGAAUGGAGUUGAUUAAGCCAGGGUGAAAAUCUUCAGUAUUUUGUGAGAUUUAGGUAUCAUAAUCAUUGGAAUCCUCUGUUCUUAAUGCUUUGGGUAGUGAUGUUUGUAUCGAUGUAAGUAUGUUUAUUGCAUUGACUUUCAUUUGGAGAAAAAAGACCAUUUACUAGUAUCAUCACGUGGAUUAUCCAGCUAGUUUAUCUACCUCAACGCCUUUCCUCUUCUUAAUGGAAAUGUAUUUGUGAAUUGGGGCGGUUUCAAGUGAUUUGUCAUGUUAUUCCAAUGCUAUUUCCUUGUAAGAUCCAUAAUAAUGUUGAUCUUGUUGAUUUAUUAAGAAUAGCUCAAUCCCUUAUAUCU